GAAAUGGACUUACUGAGGAAUGGAAGCAACAUUUACCACAUUUAUCACGUUAUUGUCGACAAAUUUCUCCUCAAGGCUGAUGUUUUUGGCGGUCUCAUCCGAUUGCAAGAGCUGUUUGUGGAAAAGAGCGGGAAAAGUGCACCGCGCGCUCUUUUUAGAUUCAAGGUCUUCGCGUUUCCCUCCGAAAAAAAACUAAUUUACAACGCAAAACAAGGAUGAAAUAAAACAGAAUUGCUUGAAUGAAAGGAUCAGGGAGGAAAAGUUGGUUUAAAUAGCUACUAAAGAACACACUAAGUAGAAAAAAAACAAAACAAAAAAAUUAAAUAAAACAGCGGUGUCAGUGUGAAAAAAAAUAUAGCCUGCCUAUAGCCUAGGCUAUAUUUUCUUGGUAUAGCGAGGAUAAAAUGGGACGUACACCUGACAGUUAAAGAAAGGAGGUAUUUUAUUUUUUAUUAAUUAAUUAAUUUUACAAACGACCAUUAGCUGUAGAUGUCAUAUUUUAAAUCUAACUUUGAGAAACGACCAGCGCGGUAAAAAAUAUAAAGCAUUGAAGAUGUUCGCCGUAUUACUGUAGUGUAAAUCAUAGUAUUACUGUAGUGCGCACAGAUUUGAUCUGAACCAGAUCAGCCUCAUUAGGACUGCGGGCAUCAAACAUCCCACAGCAGAAAGACUGGAGAUCUGCCUCGCAAAAAAAAAAAGUGCAAAAAUCUCCCUCAUAUGGUCGCUAAAUGUCUUUAUUUGCAUUUAGCCCGCUGUAUCUUUCACUGAAGCAAAAAUUAAUGUGAUUCACGGGACGAGAGAUUUGGCGCAGCGACCCAAAGGAUGAGCUGCAUGCUUCACCCGCAACAUGGAAAAACAGGAGGACACACUGCUGCAUCCCUGCAAUAAAACACAACCAGGAGGCUUGGAAAUUCAAAGGAUUUUAGCUUGCAACUGAACACUUCAGAGGUGGAUUUAUGUGGAUGAACAAUCAAUGGGAUGGAGACGGAAAUGGACAGAGAACUACUUUAUUGAGCGCGAGGAAGAUCGGAGUGUCCUAAAGCAGCAGCUCUAAAGGAUCCGUGCCUUUGGUAAUGAGAAAUGGAUAAAUUAAGCUGGAGGUUUUGGAUUGUCCUGAAGGCGCAGCUCUAGAGGAUCCAUGUCAUUGCAUUGGUCGCUGUCCACUGCGCCCGUGGUGCUGAGAUCUGGAUGAUGCCGGCGCAGCGACUGCAGGGCUGCCGCUCCCUUCACAUUAACGAAGACAAUGGGCGCUUUCUGCUGCUCGCCGUGCUCAUCAUCGUGUACCUGCUGUGCGGCGCUGCGGUGUUUUCCGCCAUCGAGAGGCCGUCCGAGCUGCGAGCACACGGGCGCUGGAACCGGACCCUCCUGAACUUUAGCGACACGUUCAAUAUCAGCGUGCAGGAUCUGAGCUCCUUCCUGAAAGAGUACGAGGCUGCGAUUGCUGCUGGAGUUCGGGUCGAUGCUCUUCGACCCAGAUGGGAUUUUACAGGAGCGUUUUAUUUUGUUGGGACAGUGGUGUCUACUAUAGGAUUUGGGAUGACCACCCCUGUGACAAUAGCUGGAAAGAUUUUCUUGAUCUUCUACGGUCUUUUGGGUUGUGCGGCCACCAUCCUGUUCUUCAACCUCUUUCUGGAGCGCAUCAUUACCCUACUGGCUGUGGUGAUGAAGGCCGUGCGUCUGCGGCGUCUGCGGACUAGUGGCCUCCUCCCGCCGGGGAUCUGCCAGGACUUCGCGGCGAGUACGUUGCCCGGUUGGAAACCCUCGGUGUACCACGUGAUGCUCAUUCUGGGUUUAUCAGCCAUCGUGAUCUCCUGCUGCGCGUCGGCCAUGUACACUCCAGUCGAAGGCUGGGCGUAUCUGGACUCGCUGUAUUUUUGCUUCGUCACCUUCAGCACCAUUGGUUUCGGAGAUUUGGUGAGCAGCCAAAACGCUGCGUAUGGCUACCAAGGACUUUACCGGUUGGCUAACUUCAUCUUCAUCUUGACUGGAGUAUGUUGCAUCUACUCGCUCUUCAACGUCAUCUCCAUCGUCAUCAAGCAGGUCCUCAAUUGGAUGUUGGGGAAAAUGAGCUGCUUGUGCUGCCAGCGCUGCAGCAAAGCCAAUGCUUUCUUGGGACGCCGAAAUGCCAUCAGGCCCGGCUCGCGCCUCAGACGCGGACGCUUCGGCCGGACGCCAGACUCGGACGGGCCUUGCGAUAGCGACACUGAAGGACGCAGGCUCUCAGGCGAGAUGAUCUCCAUGCGGGACUUGACGGGAUCCAAUAAAAUCUCGCUGGCCAUCAUGCAGAAACAGCUGUCGGAGUCGGCGAACGGAUAUCCCAGAACGGUGUGCGGAAGCUCGCGGCAGAACGGCUUUUCCGGCGGCGUCGGUGCUUUGGGCAUCAUGAACAACCGAUUAGCAGAAACCAGUGACUCUAGGUAGAGGUAACCUUUGUAAGCAUCUCGGAAAUGAUUGUUUUUAGCAGUAACACCUCUCCAACUCUCUCUGGACGUUGAGCGGUUUGGGUUUGCGAUUUCAAUUUUUGAGCUUGUGUAGAACAGCAUGGCAUGCAUGAACUGUGUAGGAUAUCCUGUAGGAUUUUUGGAUCGUGACUUGCUACGCCGUAUGCUACGAACGCGUGCUAGGAAGUAAUGGUGCACUCAAAUCAUGUUGGAAAGAUCGUAUUUAUGAGCUGAACGCACAUGAGCGUCAGAAAGUCACAAUUACGAGUGGGAAAUGAGAAAAGUCCCGAGUCCCGUGUCAUUGAGUAAGAUGCAAUGAAUGCAGCCUCUGUAUUAAUGAUAAAUUGCCUCAAAUUAAUUAAAUUACAUUUUUUAGUCUAAGUUGCAUGCAUAAAAUACCAUAGUACUUUGCAAUUACAUUCAAAUAUAUAAUCAUUCAAUUUACAGCACUAAAACUUUAAUAAAAGCAUAAAAAGCAAAAACACACCAGAUGCACUUUUUGUCAUCAUUUUUAUAGUAAAAAAAUCAUUAAUGUUUUACUUGAAGCAUUUAUGUAUAAUGCGUUAUUAAGUGUUUAAAAUGUAUUCAGAUUAUAUCUUUUCAUAAAAUGCAUUAUAAUAUUUGCAGAUUCCUUUCCUUGACAACCAACCAGUUCCCACAAAUUGGUUGUUUGUCAUGUGUUUCAAUGCAUUAUAAUUUCUAAAGGUGUAACAAUGAAUGCUACAGUUAUUCAUGAGAUCAUACAAUGCAUUAUUAAAGUGCAUUACAAAGCAUUAAAAAUACUUUUAUAAAGCAUUAUAUAUAGAGUCUUCAACCAAAAUAACCUAAGUUCUUUGCACCUUUUGACUUCCCAACUCGUAAAUACGAACUUCCCAGGAGGAUUUGAACGCACCUUAAGUGACUUUGCAUAGUCUAGUAAUCAACCGCAACAAACCCUAAUUACCCGAAUCAUAUUCUCUAGAAUUUGUAGACAAUGCUGUACAACAUGAACUAACCCUAAACGCUCUGAAGUUAGACUUGACUACCAUAGCUAUUCAUAGGAGUUGAGUAGAGCUUGUCAAAUCUCAAAUAAGUAAAAGUAGCAUCCUAUUUACUUACAGCACACUUGAUUUACAACUAUGCAUCAUCUCCAUGUCGCAAACAUAUUCGUUUUUACUUAGUCUUGAGCUGCUUCCCGGUUUGCAUACUUAUGCUGUGCACUAAAAGUAUGUACUUCACUGCUCAAUGGAAAGUUCAUACUCAGUAUUUGGACAUAAUACAAUGUCUCAAAAUGCACAGCCUCCCUGAUUAUAUACAGUUUGCGUCUUAACAUCCAGCUGAAUUCAUUACCUGCAUUAUUAUUAUGUAACUUUUAGGUUCAUGCAAUUAACAAAAUGUUUCAAUCUAUCAUUCUUUGGCACUUCUUUUCGGCUAAAAGUCAAAAGAGUAUUGUUAAAAACUGUCCUCUUCCAUAGUGCAACAGUACAAAAGAUAAUUAUAUGUUUUAAUAAGUUAAUUUAUAAUAUUUUUUGUCUUUUUUGACCUGUUUUAUGGUUAAAACAUCUAAAAAUCCCUUGAACAGCAUAAAUUUACUUAACAACACUGCAUAACAUAUCAGAUCUCACUGAACUGGCAGAUUUUUCAGUAGUUUUAAAUACAAGUAAGUUGGAAAAAAAUGGGGGGGGGGCGUACAUUAGUAUAAACAUGAAUAAAGUCUUAGUAUCUCAUGCAAUGUUGCUCUCAAGUAAAUUAAUUAUGUUUUAAGCAUUAUUGGAAAACAAAACUACAAAUUCGGGUAUUAAGUUUUUUUUUUUUUUUAAUGAGUUGUUUUCAACACCACUUUUGAUCUUGAACACUAUUGAGGAUGGAUACUAUGUGAGCUAGUAUGCAGCACUAAUUAAAGACAUAUGUAGAACAAAGCUUGUUUCUAUAGCUGCAAAUGAUGACUUUACAGUAUGCAGAUUAGAGGGUUGGGAGGUUGUGAGUUUGUACAGUAUAAGUGAGUGCGUUUACUGUACCCCUUCAGAUCUGUGUUGCUGUCAGUAGGGAUCUCAUGGCAAAGAAAUGCCACUGUUUGAAAAAUUCAGAUGAGGGUUUUACACCCUCGUAGUAAUAUGAUGAGCUGCGCCAAUGAGCUGAGCAGAGCAACUUCAAAGCCAAACUCUGUUGUUCCCCAUAGAAGAGAGAGGAGGAGCUGAAGAGAUGGAGUGAGACAGAGUGAAGGAGAAUAAAGUGAAGAAGUCCUGAGAGACAGAAUAUGAGCCAUCUAUCAGCACAGAACUAGACUUCCAGUGGAGCUCGUGUUCAUCUGCCAGACCUCUGCAGACCGAACGUUAGUGCCCUCAGCCCCUCCUCUAUCACCUUAUUAACGCUGUCUACAUAAAAUCCUCUCAAAUGGUGUUUGCUACACUUGCCCUUGCUUAGUAGGAUGCAUAAUAUCAACAUAAUAUCUGUUCAAAUAGAAUAGCCUUAGUUGUUGAAUAACCAUUUAGAAAGAAGUUUAGGGAAUUAUGCAUGCUAAUUCAGUGUUUCUGCAGGUAUUAAAACGUCCCCUGAAAUCCACAAAUGAAGGUCUUUAAUCAGAGCAGAAAGUCUUAAAUUCAUAAAGGCAUAACAUUAAAUGUUGCAGGCAUUGCAAAAAAUGAAUAUCUUGGAAAGAAUGUAAAUCAAAUUACAUUUACUUGAACAAAAUUGAGUUAAUGCUUAAAACAUGAACAAAUGUGGUAUGAAAACUUAUUUUCUCUUGGAAUUAAGUUGAUUUUUCUGAGCCCAUUGCCAGAUGUUUUAUUCUUGUUUUAAUCAUGAACUCACUUCAUUUUGAUUAAUUUCUCAUAAAACAAGACUUUUAAUUUGAUGUCUUUUUGCUUCUGAAGUAAAUGUAUCCUGAUUUAACAAUCUUUAGACAUUUGCACUGGAAAACAACAAAAACAUUAAGAAAAUCACUUUUUUGCAGUGUGAUCACAGGAGGUAAAGUACAAGUUAUUACAAAAAGUACAUUUAGAGAACAUAAUGAUGUAUUGCAUUCCCUUUUAUUUAUUUUUUUAAUUUUCUUUACUUGGUCUUAAAAAGAUCUUAAAAAUAUAUUACAUUUAAAACCUGCAGAAAGCCUGUAUAUUGUUUGGCACAAUGAAUGUGUUUACAUGCACAAUCCUACACUGAUGUGCUUAACAAGCACCUUGAGAUUUAUAAGAUUGGCAUGAAAUUUACAUGAGAUUUUGAAAUGGAUUGGCAUCAAAAUGUAAAGACUUGCGCAAAUGGAGUAAAGUAAAACAAGUAAAAUGGGAGUAAACUGUAAAAAUCAGUUUACAAAAUGUGUCGUUUAAAACAUUAGAUCAUGCAUGUAAAUGCACACAUUAACAUACUUUGAUUUUCCCUAUUAUUUUGAAUUUGCUUUGCAUUUGCAACAGCAUAAUCAACAUUCUGCCAUCUUAUUCAGUGUGUGCAUCACUGAAACCUAUUCAUUUCAAAAUCACAUGUAAACAAGACUUUCUUGUGUUGGUGGUUUAAUAAUUCGGAUAAACUCCUAAAACAGUUUUUUUUUUUAUUUAAAUAUCUUUAUUUAGUUGUGCAUCUAAACAAACUCAUAAGGAUGCUCAUUUGCUACCAUAAUGUGCAUUUUUGAGUUGUUCUGCACUCCCGUUGGUAAACGCCACAAUGCAUCACUGCUCAUUUGCAUCAAGUUGAACUCUAAUGCACUUUUUUUGCGUUGCAAACAAACUGGCUCAUGUCGCCUCAAUUCACCAGCCCUCAUUGAAAAUGAAUGACUUCCAGUUGCUUUCUUGCUGCAAAACCCUGCCAGUGCAAACUCCCCUUUUCCCCAAAUGAUAAAUCAAACUGCUUUAAUAAAACAAGGAAUAUUGGUUGAAGAAUUGCAAUAGAUGCUAAAUGAGCUGUCACGCAGCAUUUGUGUAUGUAGCAGACAGAAACAGAUGCUACUGUAGUGUGCUGAAAACCCUUAAAUCCUGACAUGGUAAGAGUAGAGAGAGCGAAAGACAGGAGAAGAGAGGGAAUCCAGCCCCUCAGGUGUGAUAAGGCAUCAGCACAGAUGUAGUUUCUAUUAGCUAGCUCUCUGCUGGUGAUCUAUACCAUCUCUGCUCAGCUCUCUUCUGCUCCAGAGAACAACAGCUCGCGUCUGCAUUCACAACACAAACACAGCACAAAAACACACACACAUACACACUCUCCCCCUCCCUUAGCACAGCACAGUCCACACUCUCUACCUACUCUUAUAGUGAAUCUACCUGUAUGUAACUCACUGUAAAUAGUCAAGUGGAACAAUUUCUGAUUCUUUUUGCAUAUUGCAAAGGGAAACUGUGAGGAAUGACUGAAGAUCGCGGCUCUUGCUUAUAAUAUAAACCUCAGGUAGUUCAAUCUUCUGAUGUAGUUUUUUUGCAUGCUACUAUGGUAAAGCCAUACGAGAGGCACUUGUAUCUCUUAUAGGUCUAUUUUUAUAUACGAAUAUAUUAAUGUAUUAUCUGGCAGUGAUGGUGAAUUUGAAAGAACAAGUGACUUGAUUAAAUGUGCUUGAACUGUAAUGAAAACUAGGGGUUGGCAGUAUGAACAAAAUAUAACUUAUUAAAAGUUAGUUGAGGUGUAUAUCAUGAUAUUCAACUCAAAGAUGUUUAUAUAUUAAACUACCAUGAGAAUUAGAAGCUUUUGAACAUCUGAUUGUGUUCUCUGAUAUAAAAGCCGGCUUAAACUGGUGACUGGUUUCUAGCUCAUCUAACUUGGUCAUUAGCUGGUCCAAGACCAUCCUGGAUCAACGAUAAACCAGUUACCAGCUGGCCAUGCUAGUUUAAGGUGGUCAAACUGGUUUUUUAAACAUGCUGUAUACCUUAGAGUGCUAUUUUAAUAUUAAUAAUAUACUAGUGUAGUUUUAAUUAAAAUUACAUUUUAUUUUUUUGUUUAGCAUUUUAUGUGCUUUUGACAUUUUUUUAGCUUUUGUUUUUUAAAUAUUAAAAAUGAGUUAAUUGUUUUGCACAUUUUUAGUUUUUAUUUACAGGUUGUUAUUUUAGUGCUUGAACUUCUAAUAUUUGUUUACAUUUUUAAAAGUAUAUUUAGAUUUGAUUUCAUCUUAGUUUCACAUGUUUUUAAUAGUUUGUUUUAAUUAACGAUAAGAGCACUGAUACAGUCAUACUGCCGACCCCUAAUGAAGCCCUAUGAAUUUCACAUAAAACUUGUAGAAAACCGCUAGUUCCAUCGUGAACAUAUCAUUGCGCAUGAGUGACGCACAUGAAGAGAGAGUUUGAGAUGUAAAGCAGAGCUGUGCUAACAAUGCAACAGAAAUGCAACUCAAAACGAAUCUUGGUAUGAGCUUGUGAAGGAGCGUGUUUCCACAAGCCUGAAGAUGCAUUGAAAUAUAUCAAAUUAGCGUAUUUAAGACUAAGUUUGUUCUCUUAAAAUGCAUGCAUGGAUCAAUAUCAACUGCCUUAUUUUGUCCCUCAACCAUGUAACUAUAAUGUAGAUCUCUGUACAGUAAAUCUUUUGCAUUUUGCAAAAUGUAUCUCCAUUGAUUGCAAUGGAUCUAACUGAACUGAAGUCCUCCGUUUUCUCCAGGACUUGGGAGAUCUGGGAAUUUCACAUUGUAUUUAUUUAUCUAUCUGUCUUUUUUUCGUAGCCCCUGAAAUGGACUCAAUUAACUCAUCCAUCAUGUUUCAACUUUGUGUUUUUGACAGCAAUAUAAAGCCAAACAAGUCCAAGUAUCAGUUGUCACAAGGCUGUUGAUGUUUAGAGUGCGAGGAGGAAACCAGGUUUAGAUUACGGCUAAUUUUUGGUAAAUUCAUGAAAAAGACAUGACUAACUUUAGAGAAUGGUGUCUAUAAAGGUUACUCUAAAGAUGGAACAAGUAUUAGAAAUUUCUAGCACUUGUUUUGUGUUUUUGUCAUUAGAGUGAAAUCCUCAUGUUUCAAAAGCAGUGCAAAGGUUGAAAUAAAAAGAGACAUAAAGGGUUUAGGUCUGUUUUUACUGAAUUGUUGUGUGGGAGACCAUGGGCAGUUAUAACUAUUUUAAAUUAAUAUUUAAUUCUAACACUCACAAUAAAGGUAAAAUGAUAGUUAUUCAGCCCUUUUUUGGCGAGUUUCUUUCUUUGCGAUCUCAAGAUAAGAUGUCUCUAGGUUAACUGAAAGGCUGAAUAGUUAACAUUUAAUGUGCAUGAUAUAAUCUAGUUGAUGGCUAUUUUUAUUACAUUAUCAAAAUCAUUGCAGAUAAUUAUAAUGAUGGAUAUUUUUGACAGCUACUUUAAAGCUACCCAAGCUAUAUUAUCCUCCUUAUGUUCAAUCUUUCUCAGUGUAUUUAUUUCAUGCCACUCUUACUAUUAAAGCAUACGAAUGUUUCUUAUACCAGAAGAUGGCAGAUACAAUAGUAGUUGUGUGUGAGUUAUGAAGGAAAAGGCACAAAAUUUACAAUUAUUUCUGGUCUCUGGUGGAGAUUGCAUGUUCAGACAGUAUUUUGCAUUGUUCAAUGAAAAGAUGUGCUUGACGUGCAUAUAAGAUUUUAUAAUUGUGAUGAGUGUGAUUCAGACUGUUUAACUGUUGACAUGAAUUUUCAUCAUCAUUAUAUUUUAAGAAAGAUUCCUUAUCAGUAUGCAAGAAGAGCAGAACAGAAUAGGUGUUCGCCUACUCAAUCUAUCUCUCGUGCUCUCUUUAUUUCUCUCUGUUUUUGCAGAAACAUGCAUGUAAGGUAACCGUCAGAUUAGGUUCGUGUAAUUCAAAAGGGGACAUUUACAAUGAAGGUUGAAGUAGACAUGAAAUGGCAUUCAAAGCCUUUUUUAAUAUAUAUAUAUUUAUUUCUGAUUGAAACACGAAACAUAAUCUUGAUUUUAUCUAUUGGGAAUAUGUUGGAUGGUGAAAAAUGUCUUUGUAUGACAGGUAGGAGAGUAAGACAAUACGCAUUAUGAUAUUUUGAUGAACGAUUAUGAAGUCAAACAUGUUUUCCACAGGACUAACAUUAAUUAAUUAAUUGUUCACAGCAGGGGUAUUAUGGUUAACUAAAACUAAAAUUAAAUAAAAAUGGACUCAAUUCACAGUUAAAAUAAAAAUCAAUUAAAUAAAAAAUUUUAACUUAUAUCGACAUAUAAAGCUAAUUAAAAUGACAAAAAACGCAGCAAAAUUACUAAAACUAUAAAAAAAAAUGGAAAUAAAUAAAUAAAUUAACAAAUAUUAUAAACUUUAUAAAAUAUUAAACUAUAUCACUACUAAAAUAACACUUUUUUUUUUAAUUAACAAAAAAUUACAGUUCAAAAAUAUAAAUAUUUAAAACAAUUUUUGUAAAACAGUAAAUAGGAUUGAUUUUUGAUUUCAUGUAAAUCAAAUUAUAGUAGCAGUUCAAGAAAUGGUUGAGACAAUUCUGUCUGUCUUUCUUUCUUUCUUUCACCCUGCAGGAUGACCCCUCGUUAGGCCACUACUUUAGUCAUCUCUAGUCAUGUGAAGAGCUGGUCAGUAAUCUAGACCUGGUUACCUGGUUAUCAGUCCUCAUAAGUCUUCAUGUCAGACUUAUGCCCGUCCCGUGUUGCCUGCAUCGUGGCGUACCAUUGAUUUCCUGUAUGCAAAUUACUUCUGGUUGCAAGUUGCACAUUUAUAACGAUGAUUGUACUUUUAUAUUUAUUUUAAAAAGAUGAUAUCUAAUGAGUCACGCAUAUAAGAAAUUAAAAUCUAUUCUAAGAAUCUCUCUCUUUUUUCCUUCUAUACCUGGCGAAUAAUUGCACA